GCUGUUUAACAUCAGGACAGCACACGUCCUCUCUCCUUACAGCAGGGGGCCACCGCGACGGAUCACCUAUAUCCCGGUUGAAUGUUUAAACUCAACAUUUUAAGGAAUAUGAUGUGUUUUAAAAAUAUGAAUAUCGUGUUACAUGUUGAAAUCAACAGUUUUCAUCAUUCAUAAAAUGGUCAAAUAAUGAUGUGGUUACUUUUAUAAAACAGUGUGUUGCCUGUAAAUCAACAAGGAACUAGACGGGAGGGAGGCGGCAGGUAUCUUUAUGCAAAAGACCCGUGCGCUCCUUCAGGAAUUAAAACACACACCUUUACCUGGCCGCGUCACGUGAUCGAGCAUACCUGUCCACACAGUAUCACCGAGCAGCUCACUGGUCGCGGUGCUCGUCUCCUCACAGGUAGCGUCUCAAAUGUACGGCUCAUCGUAACGCCUUGUCGUCCUCCUCAAUAACAAGCGGUCCCGUGGAACCGGUUCUCCGGGUAAGGGAGUGACGCUACCUACUGCUCACCGUUCACCGAGGAGGAAGAAGAACACACGAUGACACGGUGACACAACGCGGCUCGACUGAGGCUACAAACUCAAGGAAAACACACCCGAGUACGACAAUUCAAGCUGCAUAGCAGACCCCUGAGCCCCCAGGAUGAGUCAGCGUCAGCGGGCCGCCUCCACGGGCUCCCUGGGGCCCGACGACGAGCUCAUGCCCUACAGCGACGACGAGACCGACGACGAGCUGGACGCCAGCUCUGAGGAGGAGCCGGAGGAGCCCCCGGAGCACCAACCUGGGGCCCAGCCCCCUGUGGACACCAGGUCUAGCGAUCUGGGCUGGAGCGUGAAGUCCAAUGACCGUGCGUACUACCAGCUCCCUGAGUUCCAGAGGAAGGUCUUCCUGUGCAUCAAGAAGAGCAAGUACUCUGGGAACGGCAUCAAGACCUACAAGUACAACGCCAUCACCUUCAUCCCACUCAACCUGUUUGAGCAGUUCAAGAGGGCUGCCAACCUCUACUUCCUGGCCCUGCUCAUCCUGCAGAUCAUCCCAGAGAUCACCACGCUCCCAUGGUACACCACCCUGGUCCCGCUGGUCCUGGUACUCAGCAUCACCGCCAUCAAGGACCUGGCAGACGACCUGGCCCGCCACCGGAUGGACAAGGAGAUCAACAACAGGAAGACUGAAGUGCUUCUAGACGGAGGCUUUCAGGAGACCAAGUGGAUGGACAUGCAGGUCGGGGACGUGGUCAGGCUGAAGAAGAACGACUUUGUGCCAGCCGACAUCCUCAUGCUGUCCAGCUCCAACCCCAACAGCCUGUGCUACGUGGAGACGGCCGAGCUCGACGGAGAGACCAACUUGAAGUUCAAGUUGGCUCUGAAAAUCACAGACGAGAAGCUUCAGCAGGAGCACCAGCUGGCCCAAUUCAAUGCCAUGAUUGACUGUGAGGAGCCAAACAACCGGCUGGAUAAAUUCACGGGGACGAUGCAAUGGUCCGGACACAGCUACCCCGUGGACCUGGACAACAUACUGCUCAGAGGCUGCAAGAUCCGCAACACAGACGUGUGCCAUGGCCUGGUGAUAUUUGCAGGGGCUGACACCAAGAUCAUGAGGAACGGCGGUAAGACCAGGUUCAAGAGGACCAAGAUCGACAUCCUGAUGAACUACAUGGUUUAUUCCAUCUUCGCGCUGCUGAUCCUGGUGGCUCUGGGCCUGGCCAUCGGCCACGGCUUCUGGUACGAGCAGAUCGGCUCCUUGGCCUGGUACCUGUAUGAUGGCGAGGACCGGGACUCUGUCUACAGAGGCUUCCUCAGCUUCUGGGGCUACAUCAUCGUCCUCAACACCAUGGUGCCCAUCUCCCUCUACGUCAGUGUUGAGGUGAUCCGUCUGGGUCAAAGUAAAUUCAUCAACUGGGACCUGCAGAUGUACUACGCAGAGAAGGACACACCCGCCAAGGCUCGGACCACCACCCUGAACGAGCAGCUGGGCCAGAUAGAGUAUAUCUUCUCCGACAAGACCGGCACCCUCACGCAGAACAUCAUGGCCUUCAAGAAGUGCAACAUCGGUGGAAAGACUUACGGGAAUCCCAUGACGGCUAAAGGUGUUGCACUGGACCGAGGAAGGCCGGUGGACUUCGGCUGGAACCAGUACGCGGACCCCAAGUUCGAGUUCAUGGACCAUUCGCUGGUGGCCUGCAUCCGCUCCAAGCAGGAUCAGGAGACGCUGGAGUUCUUCAAACUGCUCUCCCUCUGCCACACCGUCAUGGUGGAGCACAAAGAAGGUGAGCUGGUGUACCAGGCUGCCUCUCCUGACGAGGGCGCUCUGGUGACGGCCGCCAGGAACUUUGGCUUUGUGUUCCUGCACCGCACCCAGGACACCAUCACCAUCAAGGAGAUGGACCACGAGGCCACCUACCAGAUGCUGGCCCUACUGGACUUCAACUCUGACCGCAAACGCAUGUCCAUCAUCUUGAAGUUCCCAGAUGGCCGUAUCCGGCUGUACUGCAAAGGAGCCGACACGGUCAUCUACGAGCGCCUCUCCCCCCACUCUCUACACCAGGAGACCACCCAGACCUCCCUGGAUAUCUUCGCCAACGAGACCCUGCGGACCCUGUGUCUGUGCUACAAGGACAUCAGCCAGGCCGAGUGGGACGAGUGGUCCAGGAAGCACACGGCCGCCAGCAUAGCCACCAGAGACCGAGACGCUGCCCUGGACCAGGUCUACGAGCAGAUCGAGAACGACUUACUGAUGAUUGGAGCCUCGGCCAUAGAGGACAAGCUUCAGGACGGAGUUCCAGAGACCAUCGCCAACCUGGCCAAGGCCGACAUCAAGAUCUGGGUCCUGACGGGAGACAAGAAGGAAACCGCAGAGAACAUCGGCUUCUCCUGCCAGCUGCUGACGGACAACAUGAAGAUCCACUACGGAGAAGACGUCAAUGAGAAGCUGCGGGUGCGUCAGGCCCUCAGGAGGAACGUUGCUCCAACGUUUGGGAACAAGAAGAAACCAGCCGAGCCGUUCUUCCCCGAGGCAGGGAAAAACGCUCUGGUGAUCACCGGAGGAUGGCUGAACGAGAUCCUGUAUGAGAAGAAGAAGAAGCGGCGGCGUCUGCGUCUCCGUCGUCUCGGGCGCCGCACUCUCCCCGCCAGCCCCACGGACGGACAGCCAAUCAACGACUUCGAAAAGGAAAUGAGACAGGUGGACUUUGUGGACAUGGCGUGUGAGUGUGAGGCGGUGAUCUGCUGCCGGGUCACCCCCAAGCAGAAGGCCAACGUGGUGUCGCUGGUGAAGAAGUACAAGAAGGCUGUGACUCUGUCCAUCGGAGACGGGGCCAACGACGUCAACAUGAUCAAGACCGCGGACAUCGGGGUGGGAAUCUCCGGCCAGGAGGGCAUGCAGGCGGUGAUGUCCAGCGACUACGCCUUCGCCCAGUUCCGCUACCUGGAGCGCCUCCUGCUGGUGCACGGCCGCUGGUCCUACAUCCGCAUGUGCAAGUUCCUGCGCUACUUCUUCUUCAAGAACUUUGCCUUCACGCUCGUCCACUUCUGGUUCUCCUUCUUCAACGGUUUCUCCGCCCAGGUGGCGUAUGAAGACUGGUUCAUCACCCUCUACAACGUGUGCUACAGCAGCUUGCCCGUGCUACUAGUGGGACUAAUGGAUCAGGACGUGAACGACAAGCUGAGUCUGAAGUUCCCCAAGCUCUACCUUCCGGGCCAGAAGGGGGCGCUGUUCAACUUCAAGAAGUUCUUCAUCAGUCUGUUCCACGGGAUCUUCGUGUCGCUGAUCAUCUUCUUCAUCCCGUACGGAGCCUUCCUCCAGACCAUGGGGCAGGACGGGGAGGCGCCCUCCGACUACCAGUCCUUCGCCGUGGUGACCGCCUCCUCCCUCAUCAUCACCGUCAACCUGCAGAUCUCCCUGGAGACCUCCUACUGGACCUUUGUGAACUGUUUUGCGGUGCUGUGCAGCAUGGCCAUCUAUUUCGGCAUCAUGUUCGACAUUCACAGUGCCGGCAUCCACGUCAUCUUCCCCACCUACUUCACCUUCACUGGCACGGCCUCCAACGCCCUGCGGCAGCCCUACCUGUGGCUGACCAUCAUCCUGACGGUGGGCAUCAGCCUGCUGCCCGUCAUCUGCAUCCAGUUCCUCUCCAAGACCAUCUGGCCCUCCGUCGGAGACAAGGUCCAGAGGAACAGGAAGAAGUACGAGAUGGAGGCGGAGGAGGAGAAGAGGCCGCCCACGUUCCAGAGAGGGGGGCGCUCCCGUCGCUCGGGCUACGCCUUCUCCCACUCCCGCGGCUACGCCGACCUCAUCUCGUCGGGUCGCAGCAUCCGGCGCCGGCCCACCGCGGCCGGCGGGGCCCGGAACAGCAUCCGGGAGGGGGAGAACAUCUGACCGGGGGGCCUGCUCCGGGACGGGGGGCCUGUACAUAUUGUGGGGGGUAGCCUUCCAUGCUAGCAUGGUGUUAGCUUAGUGCUAGGUACAGGUGGGCGGGAAAAGGGAGGAUCCCACUGGACGGGAAUCCCGUCAGCGCUUUACUUACGCCAAGACUUAAGGCGUGAAGCCGGCCCCCCGCAAGGUUACUGGGCCGUAUUCAGCAAUAAAUUAUGAAAACAUUAGAUUCGGUUUGGAGAACAUUUUGGAGAUGUCUGAAGAUCACCAGCGGUGCUCCGGACCCUGAACUGGACCUGGACCCCCCCCGCACACCCCACCGACGCCAACGCCAAGGAUCCCAGGGCUUCCUUUCACGCAGGAAAUGUGUGACGUAAUGUUAUGAUACUCAGGAUUUUAAAAUAGGAGACUUGGUCAUAGUCUAGCUAACCCUUUAAUAUAUAUAUUUAAUAUGAAUGUAUAUAUUUAAUUAGUGAUUCUCCAUCCAACGCUUUAAGAAAGAAGCUUAGGUUUGUUUUUAUAUGUGACAAGGUUUUCUACUCGGUAGCAAGUGUCCAGAGACGAAGGGCUUCGACAGUCAGAGGUGAAAUGCCCUUUUGUCUUUUUAAAUGUAGUGCCGUGUCCGUGUGGUUUGAACUGCCUUACAUCUGAUGUAUUUAGUACGGCAGGUGUGUGAGCCUGAAUGAUGUCAUGCUGAAUGUAAUGGGUGGUUGUUUUUUUUGUUUUUUUGUCUUUCUGCUUCCACACCUUUCUCUCUACAAGAACUGUGUCCCUAAAGAGAAAUUAAGAAACAAUCCAACCUUGCGUUCUUAUAUUUUAGAUUUUUAAUGCACCAACCAUGAUGACUUGCUACUUCUGAGUAGCUGAACUUGAUGAAACCAAAGAGGUUUUCUUUUUUUUGUCAAUGUUUUUAUUUGAAAUCUUGUUACAGCACUCGUGAAAACUACAUUUUAAAAUAUAUCUGUUCUGUUACAUUCUCUUAUUAUUGCAGUCCAAGUGUGUAGGAUGCUUGGACGUCCAUCACUGUUUUAUCCUGUGGUUGUUAAUAAAGGCCUGUUUAACAAUCUCAA